UUCUUUAUAUCUCCAUAUUAUGGGGUACAAGCAGAUCAAAUCUGUUUGUGUUAUUUGUCCUAGGGAAGGGGCUAAGAGCAAGGAUAUAGUUUGGAUACUGGACCACUGGAUAUGUAACUAUAUCAGAACAUCUGACAUGGCAGCAUAACAUCAUAUAAUCCGAAACAUUCUUGGCCCCUGACUCAUAGCAGAGCUGUGUUACACUGUUGCUUAACUGAACAGCACAUUGUACAGAACUUGUACAGAAACCAAUGCAAGUAACGAAGAAAAGAAACAGCAACGUCUGGUAAAAGGCAUCUAAGCAGCAAGAUCCAGCACCGCCAGAAUGGUGGCAGGGGAUCGGAGAAGAUUUGUCACAAUGGAGGAUUCCCGUUUCCCUUAUAAUGUUGUAUUCAUCAUCACACUCCUUAUUUGUCCAGCAAUGGCCUUGGAAGAAUGUCUUCAAGAACAGCUGAGACUGAAGGCCCAAGUGAGACUUCUUGAGCACCAAACAAAACUACAACAAAUAAAAAUUGAGAAUCUCUUGCAAGAGAAGGAGCUUCAGUACAUGGACCGAGGAGAUGAGAUGGCAGUCAUUGACUUAGGAGAGAAAAGAACAUAUGCAGAUUGUGGGGAGAUCUACAAUGAUGGACAGAAGCGGAGUGGAUUCUAUAAAAUUAAACCCCUGAAGAACAAUAGCUCAUUUCCUGCAUUUUGCGACAUGUCUGAGGGAGGGGGAUGGACAGUCUUUCAGAGACGAUCAGACGGAAGUCAGAACUUUUACAGGAACUGGACCGACUACAAACAAGGCUUUGGUGAUUUCUCUACAGCAAUGGGAGAAUUCUGGCUUGGAAAUGACAACUUGCAUUACAUGACGUUACAAGAUGACUACAUACUGAGAAUUGACCUUCUGGAUUUUGAAGGACAACGGAGAUAUGCUGAUUAUAAAAGCUUUAGAGUUGGGGAUGAAGAGAGUGGUUACCAGAUAAGUUGUGGAGAGUACUCGGGUACUGCUGGAGACUCUCUGACUGGAGGCUUUAACCCAGAAGUUCAGUGGUGGGCAAACCACAAUGGUAUGAAGUUCAGCACAUUGGAUCGGGACAACGACAACUAUGAAGAGAGUUGUGCAGAGGAGGACAAAGGUGGAUGGUGGUAUAACAGGUGUCACUCUACAAACCUAAAUGGCUUAUACUACAAAGGACCUUACACAUCUAAAACCGAUGAUGGGAUUAUUUGGUACACAUGGCACGGAUGGUGGUAUUCCCUAAAAUAUACUGCUAUGAAGAUUAGAUCCAUAAACUUUGAACCAAAUCUUGUUUAAAUUGUUGUUUGCUUUUUUUUAGCUGUUAAAGUUAAAGCGGUAACCCCAUAGUUAAAAGUUAUCACCUGUUCACAGGAUUGGGAAUCAAUUUCUGAUCUGUGGGGUUCAAUCACUGGGGCUCCCACCGAUCAGGAAAAUAGGAGUGCCCCAAGUAAAUGAAGCAGCGUGCUCUGCCAACAUUCCAUUCACUUUCUAUGGGACUUCCAAACAUUGCUGAGUGCUGUAAAUUCAGAACUUGGAUAGACAGUGAAUAGAUUGCUAAAACUGAUGCACCAUUGACUAGAGGAAUAAGAGACCUCUGCUCUUGUGAUUGGUGGGGGCCCCAGUUUUCAGACCCCUUUUGAUCAGCUGGUUAUCACCUAUUCUGUGGACAGGCGAUUACUGUAAAUAUUGGGAUGACCCCUUUAAGCCUUAGUAAUGAUUAAUGCAUUUCUUCACCAUGGCUAUAGGCAAUCUUUUCGGAGGCCAUUAAUGUAUACCACUACUAUAUAAAUACUUCUGAACACCAGAAAAUCGUUGGUGGAUCCUGCUGAUUUACAGAAAAUGUAUCAUCAGAAAAUGACUUUUAUGUUGAAUGUAAUUUUAAUGUUUUUGGUUUGUUUAUUUUAUAUAUCACUAUAAGUAUUAAAAACAAAUCCUAAAAUCUUGUUU